AUGCUCCUUUGGCGCUUCGUUUUUGCCUUGCUUGUAUCAUGUACUGGGAAGAAGCCCCGCUCGGAGGGAGCCUUGGGGCCGGGCUCGGAAGCCUUGGACCGUGGAGAGGCGGAAGAAAUCCUCAAGGAGUACCGAGGAAACUUUGGCCAGGAUGGUGACCCCUUAAGACGAAGGGGCCCUGAUCUUGCUUGCUCAGCUUGCAAGCUGGCUGCAAAGCGAUUUCAAAGCAAGGUUGCUAGCAAGAUCAAAGGCAAAAUGUCGGAGGACGAGCGGCGCAAGGUCUUCCAUCGCGGCAUCAAAAGCGCCUGCAGCCAGGAGCUGUUUCCGCACCAGAUGGCCGUGGUCGAGAAAGAAAGCAAAGAAUUCUACGUUGACUUCCAAGAGGCUUUAGGUAGUCAGCAUGGACGCGUCAGCGUGAAAGGCAUGAGCCCUGAAAUCAAGGCAGAUGCCAUGGCUGGAUGCGAGCACGUGUUGAAAAAGUAUGACAAACAUCUUCUGAAGCAGGUCUUGUCGAUUCCCAAGAGCGGUCGCGGCUCCGAUCUGGACUUCGGCAGACUUCUCUGUGGCCGAAACAUGGCGCAUGUUUGUGACGAUGAGUCUGAUGAUGACAUGGACGAGCUGUAG